CGCCCUAUAGUCUAUACUACUGGCCCCUGUACAACUCUGAUGACCUACCCUUUGUGACCGCCUUGUGCAGUCGUUGGUACUUCUUCCCACAGAGCUGUCUUGACCAGCUGCGCCGUGUAUUGGUGACGUACCCGUUCACACCGAAGGCGCUUCUCUUUCCGUGUGCUGAUCGACACCGUCCCCGGCCACCAAUCUACGAGCAGUCGGCUCGAUUCUUCCUCGUCUCCAAGAAGCGCAUCUCCGUUUGUCGCUACCACCGCCGCGCGCGCCCGCCUCUCCCUCGAGUCUCUUCCGUUAUUGCGCAGAGUCUGGCCCUCUGCAUAGCAUACCAUCCGAUUUUGUACCCUUUCCACAUUCCUGAGUACCAGCUCGCCGGGCGAGCCUUCUGCGCGCUUCCGCUUGCACACACCACACCCGGCGCAGGGCGAUUGGAGUUGCGACAGACGCAAAUGACAUAGGGCCGAGGUGUCGCGCAGUGCACGCACGCAGCCGCCCGGAUUCGGACGACGCUGUGCUUUCUCUGCCACGAGGCCACCGACGCCGUGCGGGCGCAUGUGGAGGACCCUUUUGUGCGCUGCGACCGGACCGCCGUAGAGACAGACCGCCAUCAUGGACAGUCAAUCGGGCCAAGGGGCCAGCAACAGCAGCGACUUUGUUCGCAAGCUUUACAAAAUGCUUGAGAGACCACAGGAUGAAAGCGUCGUUCGAUGGGGCAAUGAAGGUGACAGCUUCGUGGUAUUGGAGAACGAGAAGUUCACCAAGCAUAUCCUGCCUAAACACUUCAAGCACAGCAACUUUGCCAGUUUUGUGCGGCAGUUGAACAAAUAUGACUUCCACAAAGUACGGCAUAACAACGAAGAAGGCGGCGCAUCGCCAUACGGUCCUGGGGCAUGGGAAUUCAAGCAUCCCGAUUUCAAAAUGAACAAUAAAGAUGCGCUGGACAACAUCCGGCGAAAAGCUCCAGCACCACGAAAAGCAAAUACGGGUAAUGAUGGUGAACUGCUGCCCACUCAGCAAGUUGAUAUGAUCAACACACAACUAGUGGCGACCCAGCAGCAACUGCAACAAUUGCAGGAGAGAUACAACGACCUCAACAUGAACCAUACGAUCAUGAUGCAGGAAUUAAUUGGAGUGCAGAAAACUGUCGUCAACCACGAGCACGUGAUGCAAUAUGUCAUGAACUUUCUGAAUACUGUCGAUGCGCAAAGACGGAGGGAAAGCCGGAUCGUCAAUCCAAAUCCUUUUGCGAACGCAAACGGUGUCAACGGGGGCACUCCUGGGAGCACGAGCAAUUCGCUACCACCUCCAGAAGACGACGUGCCUGCUUCGCCGUUACAGCAUGCCUCGAAACUGCUCGAGCAGGUGAAUGCCGACCACAUGCUGAAUACCCGGAACCUGGAACAGAUGAACGAGGCGGCGAUACGAAUGAAUGCAACGCUCACCACACCACCUCCGGACCAUCUGUCACGAAAUGGCGGCACACGUUCAUCCAGUCGCGGCGCACAACCACACUCUGCAGCCUCAUCGAGCUCCCACGGCUAUGAUUUGGACACGCUGGUAUAUCCAAUCGGGCAAAAUCCUCAAGGGAUUGAUCCAAUGUACGGCGACCACGUCAAUAACAUUCCAUAUCCGCUGCCGGCGAAGGGGCCUGAUGGUAAUUAUCACCAACCAGCGCAGCAGCCUGACAUUCGCAAGAAGAGCGCCCAAUUCGAUCCAGGUUGGACGCGCACGCCUCACAUUCUCCUGGUUGAAGACGAUGGAACGUGCAGACGCAUUGGUGGAAAGUUCUUGUACUCUUUCGCCUGCAAAGUUGACACUGCGCUCGAUGGACUGGAAGCAGUCAAUAGGCUCAACUCCGGCGCGAAGUUUGACCUUGUCUUGAUGGAUAUCAUUAUGCCUAACCUGGACGGAGUCUCUGCUACGCACUUGGUUCGCCAGUUCGAUAACGCGACGCCAAUCAUCGCCAUGACUUCGAAUAUCAGAAGCGACGAUAUCUCGAUGUACUUCCAGCAUGGGAUGAACGAUGUCCUUCCGAAGCCUUUCACGAAGGAGGGUCUGCUCGCGAUGCUGGAGAAACACUUGUCUCAUCUAAAGAAGAACAACCAAGGUCUGGAGCCGAUGGCACCUCCUUUGAAAGCCACCAACCGCAGUCUGAAGAGCGAAGAGUCGCCAGCCACGUCUCCCGCAACGAAUAGCAAUUGGAACUCGCCAAACCAGUUGACAGCGGGCUCACCAUCUGGAAGCAAUCUUGGUGACGAUGCAUACAACAUGUCCACGCCGUAUGCGCAGCCCGUACUUCACGCCCCAUCGACUCAGAUGUAUGCGCCUGCAGCGAGUGGAAUGCUGCCGCACCAAGUGGCACAAAGAAGACCCAUCGAUAGCAUCACUGGUGGGCCUGACAUGGGCAUAGAUGCGAAACGCCAGCAGAUGUUUAAUCCUUCCAUGGGACAAAUACCUGCACCUCACAUGAUGCAACAACGGCCGCCACGGUGAUCCUGGUCGCGCAGCGUCCUGAUUGGCCUGAUACCCUGUACAUAUGUAGAUACGUUCAGCGACAUUGCUGAUUUGCCUCUGGGGAAGUUAUGUGGCUCGGCGCGGAGCACUGGAGAAAGGAUUUGGUUUGAAGUCUGGCUGCGGUUCUGGUGGUGAACCGAGGGGAACUUUGACGUUGGAAAAGGCGACAUCAGUUGCAAUUGGACUUGUUGCUUGCUCGCUUGGUUGCUUGCUUGUUGGCACUGGACAGGGAAAUUUGUUCCAGGUAAUGAUGCUCAAGGAGCCGCUAGGAAAGGAAGUGCCGUCGCUGGGCAUGGCGAAGUGUCCCGAGUUCGACGAGGAGAGAGUGUGAAUGAGAAUUAUUCUUAUCUUUAGGUAGCUGCGUGCCAAUACCAAGGCAG